AUGUGCAUUGAAGUUCAUAAUAGACUGGAAAUAUGGAAAAUAAUGAUAUCAGAUAGCGAUAAGCAGGCUAAAGCCCGGCAAAUUAUUGAAGAAAAGAAGAAAUUGCUUGCAGAAAGAGUUCAAAAGGUAAAUUUUAUAUAGCAAAAUGAAGAAAGAAAAAAGCAAGAAAAGCAAAAAGAAUUAGAAAAACAGAAAAAGCAACUUGAAAAAUUUAAGAAUGCGAAAGGGUGACAGCCAGCAAAGCAGAAAGAAAUAGAAAAAGAAAACGUACAAGUGAUAGAAAUUGCAAAAAUUGAAACUCUUCCACCAUUUGUCCUGCACAUGAAACCAUUGAUACCACCAUUAUCUGUAAAUGAGGAGCCUCAAAAAUCAAUUACUCCUGAUUCACAAAUGAACUAUGAAGAAGACUUCGAAGAUGAAACACCUAUAGAGUCAUCUGAUGAAUUAAAAGAAGAAACCCCACUCAAUUUUGAAUCAGAGAUUGUUGAUGAUCUGGAAGAAUCGUCAUUAUGCAAUUUUAAAUGCUCUGAAACUGAUUUUCCUAACUCACCUUUUAAAAAUCUGUUUUAAAUUAAGGGAUUGUUAUUAUUUUUUUAAAAGUAAUAAACAAUUAAUCAUAAUUUAAAAUUAUUAAAAUAAAAUAUACACUGAAUGUAAUAUUUUGAAUUUUGAUUAAUUUUACCUAUCGAAUAUCCAAUUUAAAAAUUAAAAUUAAAGGGGAUUUAAAUUUUCAAAAAAAGGAAAAUUUGCUGACAUCUUGUUUCAAUUUAGGGUAGUAAGCUAGAAUCGGUAAAUAUAAUAGAAGAACAACCAAAAUCUUCAUUCCAUCUAACUCUUGAACCUUCGCCAACUAAUAAUACUCAGCCAACUUGUAUUUCAUCUAAAGAUCCAAUUCAAUCUUUAUCUGAAAAGCAAAAGGAUUGGCAUAUAGAAAUUACUAACCCCCCUCCCUUUAAAUUGUAACAAAAAAUUCUGUUCCAAUUGAAACAAAGGAUAUAAAUUGAACACAAAUAUUUUUGGAUUUUAAUUUAUUUUAUAAAGAAUUAAUUAAAAAAAACAAUCGAUUCAAUGAGAAAACUCUUUUCAUAAUAUUCUUCUUGCAAUUUUUUCAUUAAAUUAGGUUAAAACUAAAUUUUAAAAAUUAGUAUUUUCACCUAUAAAUUUUUCCUAUUAAAAAAUAAAUUUUGUGGAAAUUUUACCGAUAUUUUUGUUGCAAUUUAAAGUUACGGGAGUGAGACUGAAAAGCUUAUUAUAAAUGAUAGUACCCCUGAAGCAACGAAGACAUAAAUAAAAUAGUGGCAUCACUGACCGUCCUAUUCCAGACCUUUUCUACAUAUGAAGCCAAACUGAGCAAGAAAGAAAGCACUGUGCUUGGUAUAUGUGCUCCGUUGGGCUUUGCCUUUCCUCGUUCGUUAAUUAGGAAAGCCGAUCAAAGCUAUAGGAAUUGCCCGAGGAUGGCGCUAUCUUGCACCAUCCUCGGGCAAUUCAAAAAAUGGCCCCACACCGGGAAUCGAACCCACGUGUGGGGCCAUUUUUGGUGCGUGUAAGUCGAUGUUGGCCACACACCAAAAAUGGCCCCACACGUGGGUUCGAUUCCCGGUGUGGGGCCAUUUUUGAAUUGCCCGAGGAUGGCGCAAGAUAGCGCCAUCCUCGGGCAAUUGCUAUAUCUCUGCUGACAAACUUAGGGUGAUUCGCCCGCAGCUAAGCAAGCCUUUUACGAAGAUUUGGCUUGGGUAUAAAAUUACUAAAGGAGGCUAAUCUUUAAUAAUACUCUCCUAAUCCCUAAAGCAGAAUAUGAAAAGCAAGAAAAACUAUCAAAAGUUGAAGAAAUACCAAAUAAUGAUAAAAUUAAUGAUAUUUUUACUAUAGAAGAGCCAGUAACUAUAGUUGAUCACACUGCGUAUUUCCCUGAAGCUCCAAUGCUUAUGAAUUUCAAUACUUUUGGUGAAAACUUUUAUUCAAAAAAAAAUAAAAGCCGCUAUGGCAUCGAAAUUACUCCAGAAUUGAGAAACCAAGAAAAUAUUGAAUCAACUCCAAACGAAAUUGAUGUAUUAAUUGAUGAUUUAGAAAAUGAAAAUGCUAGAAUAGAUGAAGAUAUCAAUGUUCUGAUUGGUGAUCUCACACAAGUUCAAGAAGAUAACUCUGAUUUGAAGCCUAAAAAAGGCGAGCUAAUACUCAUUGAUUACGAUGCUGACGAGAAAAAGAAAGAAAAAUUUGAACUAUUUAAGAAGAAAAAAGAGAUUAAAAAUGAGAGAGAAAGAAAAAACUGAAACCAAGCUAUCCCAGUGCCAAUUUCGCAACAAACUUCGAAUAGCCCCAAGCCACAAAAACGAGUAAUAGAAACUAAAAUUGAUUCUAAAGACCAUUCUCCAAGAGAAAACAUAAAGCAUAACCAAAAUCAACUAACUGCUUGCAUUCAAAAAGCUACUAGAAAAGUCUCAAGCUGCAUAGAAGCCAAAAAUGACUCUAAUGAGCAUUCUCCUAGAAGAGUCAUACAAAACCCAGAAAACCAGCUUAAUGCUUUUAUCCCAAGAACUAAAAAAAGUACCAGUCCAAACAUUAGUCCAAAACCCAAUAAAAAGCAAGAAUCUUCUAAUUUAAAAAGUGAAAAUAUAGUCUCACCUCAACCUCCUGAGCAGCCAAAAUCUCGUGCGCUAACUGAAGAAGCAAAGCAAGCAAUUGCUUCAAAAUACAGGCGACAUAAAAAUCUUCCAAAUUUAGUCUAUAAUAAGCCCACAAAUAGAAAACUUAUUAAAAAGGCAAUCACACAAGUAUGUUGUGCAGGUGAGCCAAAUCGAGCUCUUCGAGAAGAAGCGAUUGAAGUGAUUGACAAAAAUGAAGAAGUUAGCUAUUUUAUAAUUGUUUUCAAAAGCGAACUCGGUAGAAGAGAUUUAAGGGCUAUUUAUUCACAUGACCCUAAUAAUGGUGACGUCAAGAAAAUUUAUGGCCCAGCAACAAUGCCAGAACAACUCAACAGUGGUAUGGUUAAGGGAUAUUUUAGAUUUGAUUCAGGAUCCAAUGAGUUUAAACCUAUAGAAUGCAAAGAUUUUAUUACGGGCACUGAUGCAAUUGUUCUAAAAAUUAAUCCAAAAAUUUAUUAA